GCAUGCGCGUCCGCGGCCCGAGCGGCCCCCCGUGAGGCGGCGGUAAGAUGGCGGCGGCGGCGACGCGCGGGGGCAGCCCCUCGCUGUCGGCGGGGGAGGAGGAGCCGCCGCUGGGGCUCGACUCGCUCGUCGAGGAGGCGGCGGCGGCGGCGCCGAGCGCCGGGUUCCGGCUGACGGCGGUGCGGCGGGAACCGGCGGUACGGCUGCAGCACGGCGUCAGCGGGCUGGAGCCGCUGGCCUGGUCGGAGGACCACCGGGUGUCGGUGAGCACGGCCCGCAGCAUCGCCGUCCUGGAGCAGCUCAGCGACGUCCACAGCGGCGGGCAGGAGAUGGUCAUCCACCGCACGGCCGUGCCCGCGCCCUCCGCCGCCUGUCUCCUCAAGGUUGGUCCAAAAAAGGAGGUAGCAGAAUGUAAGGAAAAGUUCGCAAGUUCAGUGGAUCCAACGGUUAGUCAAACUUUUAUGCUAGACCGAGUGUUCAAUCCUGAGGGGAAGUCAUUGCCGCCUAUGCGAGGAUUCAAGUAUUCCAGCUGGUCGCCGCUGGGCUGCGACGCGAAUGGAAGGUGCCUGCUUGCAGCUUUAACCAUGGACAAUCGAUUGACCAUCCACACAAACCUCAACAGACUGCAGUGGGUGCAGCUGGUGGACCUGACACAAAUCUAUGGGGAGCGUUUGUAUGAAGCCAGUUACAAACUUUCUAAGGCUGACACUCCCAGGGGAGAACUAGGAGACUUCUCUGAAUUUCAGCGACGGCACAGCAUGCAGACUCCAGUGCGGAUGGAGUGGUCGGGCAUCUGCACCACUCAGCAGGUUAAACACAACAACGAAUGCCGGGAUGUCGGUAGUGUGCUCUUAGCAGUACUCUUUGAAAACGGUAACAUUGCAGUUUGGCAAUUUCAGCUUCCAUUUCUGGGUAAGGAAUCCAUUACUUCUUGCAAUACCAUAGAGUCCGGAAUAAAUUCCCCAAGUGUGCUAUCUUGGUGGGAAUAUGAACAUAACAACCGAAAGAUGAGCGGGCUUAUUGUAGGGAGUGCUUUUGGACCAGUUAAGAUCCUUCCUGUCAAUCUGAAAGCAGUCAAAGGCUACUUUACGCUCAGACAACCUGUAGUCUUAUGGCAAGAAAUGGACCAGUUACCAGUGCAUAGUAUCAAAUGUAUUCCUCUUUACCACCCCUACCAGAAAUGUAGUUGUAGCUUAGUGGUGGCUGCAAGAGGAGCUUAUGUGUUUUGGUGUCUCCUCUUGAUAUCCAAAGCAGGUCUGAAUGUCCAUAAUUCCCACGUGACGGGGCUUCAUUCUUUGCCAAUCGUAUCUAUGACUGCAGACAAACAGAACGGCACGGUGUAUACGUGCUCCAGUGACGGAAAGGUAAGGCAGCUGAUUCCUAUAUUCACAGAUGUUGCUUUAAAGUUUGAGCACCAGCUGAUUAAGCUCUCAGAAGUGUUUGGCUCUGUCAGGACUCACGGAAUAGCUGUUAGCCCGUGCGGUGCAUACUUAGCAGUUAUUACGACAGAGGGCAUGACGAACGGUCUGCACCCAGUCAACAAAAACUACCAAGUUCAGUUUGUAACCCUUAAGACUUUUGAGGAGGCAGCUGCGCAGCUCUUGGAAUCUUCUGUUCAGAACCUUUUCCGGCAAGUGGACUUGACGGAUCUUGUACGCUGGAAAAUUUUGAAGGAUAAGCAUAUUCCUCAGUUCUUACAGGAAGCACUGGAUAAAAAGAUUGAGAGUUGCGGUUCUACUUACUUCUGGCGGUUUAAGCUAUUUCUCCUGAGGAUUUUGUACCAGUCAAUGCAGAAAGCUCCCUCGGAGGUCAUGUGGAGACCUUCACACGAGGACGCAAAAAUCUUGAUAUCAGAUUCCCCUGGGAUGGGCAGCACUGAAGAUGAUCAAGAGGAAGGGACUUCUAAACAAGCCAGCAAGCAGAGCCUAUGCGACACAGGCAAAGGUAUAGACAUAGAUGACAAUGCAGAUGAUUCUCUUCCUCAGUCAAGUGACAUAGGAGGCCGCGAGCCAAUGGAGGAAAAGCUUCUUGAAAUACAGGCACAAAUUGAGGCAGUAGAAAUGCACUUGACACGAGAACACAUGAAACGGGUGUUGGGAGAAGUUUAUCUACACACGUGGAUUACAGAAAACACCAGUAUUCCCACCAGAGGAGUCUGUGACUUCUUAAUGUCCGAUGAUGGCUAUGAUGACAGAACAGCACGAGUGCUGAUUGGGCAUAUCUUAAAGAAAAUGAACAAACAGACUUUUCCAGAGCACUGCAGCUUGUGUAAAGAGAUCCUGCCAUUCACUGAUCGCAAACAGGCAGUCUGCUCCAAUGGACAUAUUUGGCUCAGGUGCUUUCUAACCUACCAAUCCUGUCAGAGUUUGGUAUACAGGAGAUGUUUGCUUCACGACAGCAUUGCACGGCAUCCAACCCCAGAAGAUCCUGAAUGGAUCAAGAGAUUAUUGCAAGGACCUUGCACGUUCUGUGAUUCUCCUGUGUUCUAGAGAAAAGCUAUGUAAAGAUUGAAAGUAUUUUCUCUGCUGCAUAAGCUCCCUUCAGUCUCGAAGGAUAUAGAACAUAUGAAUACAGACUUUACUAGAGGGGGAAGACGUUGUCCACAGCCCUGUAAAUAGAACAUCGGAGGUUCUAGAAACCCCUUAAAUCCAGAGCCUGUUCCAUGCUCCAGAAACAGGAGUACAUCUGGAAGAAUGAGUUUAUAAGGCGGUUUGGAAAUGCACCCCAUUGAAGCAUCAGCAGCUGGACAUGCUUCCUUUUACUGGAAAGGAACUGAAGUCUUAAGCACGCAGUGUGGACUGUCCUUCAUGCCUGACAAGUGUGUGAUUUCCCCAAAGCUGGGACGGGAACAGUGGAGCUGCCUCUUGAAUGGUCUUGGUGGGUAGAGAAGGCUUCAGCCUGUAGUGCUCUCGUUUGCUUUUUAACAAGCACUGGCACUUGCUGCAGAAUAUUAAACUAUCAAAAUAAUUUGUGGUUCUAAUUUCUCGCAGAGUGAAGCAUGUGCCAGUUACAGCCAUAUGAAAGAAAUUGGCCAUUAUAUUAGUUUCACUUGAAGUCUAGAAGAAUAACUGCCUCUUAACUGUUGUAACAAUAUUGCAGUCAGAAGGGUAAUACUGGCUGCCUGGGUCAAAUAACAGAUCAGUAAGAAUAACUUUUAAAUGUAAUAAUUAUGAAACUAAUAGCAAUUAGAUUAAACACUAACAUAAUUUCCAGUGCUUUUAAGUCUCUUGCCCCACUUUCUUUUUCUGACCUAAGUUCUAACUACUUCCUAGCUUUUGCCAAUGUAUAUGCCUUUUGUUUCACUUAACCCUCUACCACCAGGAAUCAUCUUCUCCAGUGUAACUCAGUUAACAAAAACAUUACCGAUUUACCUUCUUUUCAGUUGAAUUGAGAGUCUCCCUCAUACAGUAACUGAGUUUUACAGAAGUUUAACACACAAGUAAUCACUCCCAGCUGACAGUUUCCCUUUUCAUAAUAAUGCAGUAAAGAAAAAAAAAACCAAACCAAAACUCCACCAUGGCUAAUGUGUUAUAGGUAGAGUUUCCACCAGUGGUCACGGAGUCUGGUGAAGCUAUUCAUGUAUAACCUUGACAUUCUCAUCAAGAGAUUCAUAAAUACGCCAAUGAUGUAGCAUGGCUGAGCCCAGAAAUUUAUUCUGCCUUCUAACUGUCCUAUCAUAAUAAAACCAUCUUUCUCUCUUUGGCAUCUAGUUCCUAUGGGGAGCAGGAGAAUCCUUUUGAACUUCCUAUGCAGUGUUAGAGGAAUAAUACCUCCAAAAUGUGUGUGGUUAUCUGGUACAGUUUGUCUUGUUAACUUAAAUCCAUGUUGUCAGAUAAUCCAAAGUUCAUGUAUUUACAUUCUUCAGAGUACCAAUCUGGACACUCGGAUAAGUUGCCCUGUUUGUGAUUCAUGACACUUCUAAUUGUGUGUGAAGUGCUCUACAGCUGUUUGAGAAAUCAAGGAAUCAUCCUGGCAGUAUCAGUCUCCAACAAUGCAUGUGUGGAUUGGUGCUUAAGUUUCCUUGAUUCAAUGACUAUGCAUAUUUUCUCAAUGUUCGUUCACCUUCAGUAGGAGCAGAUUUUUUUCAGCUAACAUUAAAACAAGUCAGCUGUCCUUACUAUUCAGUGUUUCAUGCAUUAAGCGUGAUAGUGCUUCGAUUGAGAAUAAUAUUAAUAUAGUAGCCUAGAACAGCAGAAGCACAUUCAUCUGUAAAAUAAUUAGCCUUGUUUGUAAAUAUCCUUGGAAGUGAUACCAUAAUUGUAUUAAAGAAAUGUUUAGUUUUUUAUUGCUGUGCGUUGAAAAUUGAAAUUACUUCAGUGUGUCUGCAAAGAAAGAAAAUGUAGAUCGUGUUAGCACCUAGUAAAACAAAGAGUAACCUUGAUACCCAGCGUGUGUGUAGUUUGGGGCCAGGUACUGUACCUGGGGCAGCAUUUAACUUCUUCCCAGUGCUGAUGGGGUUUGCGGGGAACAGAACAUCAAUUUCCAAUAUGAGCUGAACAGGUUUGUUCAUGGGGGUAGGGAAAACAUUUUAAGUGGAAGCUGCAAGUCCUUGUCCAGGCAGUCCUGACCAGUUCAUCAGCGAGGAAGUGUUCGAUUCAGAAGUUCAUCUGACUAUGGAAAAAGGUGAGAGAGCUCUCCAGAACCAUGUGUAAAUGCUUUAAAAAAAAGUCAGCAUUUCUUUGAUAUUGGCUUAGAAACCAUAAUAAUAUUCUGAUCUGCUGAAAUGUUUAAGCCUGGCUGACCAAAAGGUUCAGCUUGGUAUCAUUAGAUUAAUUCCUGGUGAUUAUUUCUAGCAGUUAUCUUGAAUUUCCCUGGAUUGAGUUUUAAUGCUUUAGACAUGUAGAAGCUCUAGUACACCUAGCAUUAAUAUUGCAGCAUUAAUGUUUAUUUUCCUUGUCUUUCAAGGCAGUAGACACUCAGUAUACCAUUGCCAGUUUGUUUAACCUGAUUUAUGACUGCUGGGAGAAUGGAAUUUUAAAGCCAAUGAUGUCGGCUUUGUCUGCAUGCCAGUGGAGAUCCCUUAGCACAAAGCUUUCACUUCUCACCCUGACCCAUUCACAACAGGAUUGUGGUACUUGCUCUUGCAUCUGAGAAUUAAUAGCCAGAGGUGCUGUGUUCUGUGUCUGAAGCUAAGGCGUCAUUGUCUUUGAUAAGUAGCUUCUGAUAGCAUUUAAGAUUUGCUACUCGUGCUGAUAACAAGAGUUAAUCCCUCCUCCACUGGGAUGAAGAAAUCCAGGCUAAUCUAGGUUUGAUGGAUAAGCAGAACAGCUCUGGCCUGUACAGCUUCUUAGUGCCUUGGUGCUAGAUGCCAUUGUCUGAACUGAGGUGAAAGUUUGGGCUCAUGAGGACUCUGUCUUGGGUCUCCAAACUACACCUCCUGCUCUGGAAUUGGUGACAGUGGAACUCAUUGCUGCCCUUUACCUUAAUUCAGCUAUGGGUUGGGGACUUAAUCAUUCAAUCAUCCUUUCCUUUUGUAUGAUCCCCCAUUCUAUUAAUCCUAUUGUAUAUUUCUAGAGAGGAAAUAUUAUGGUUGCUAAUGCAUACAUACAGGCAAUAAAUAUUUCCCUGAUUUUCUUAAACUUACCAGGUUUUCCACUAGCUAAUGUAUCAUCAGUGAUUAUGCGCAGCAUAACACCAUUUAUUCUAUCCUUAUUAAGGGUUUCUUGACAUAAAAGAACUGAACGCAAACAUUUAUAGUCCUAGUUAAAGGCUAACAAAUCACACUUGUGCUGUUAUGCCCUAAACUAACAUUUACAGGAGCCUUGUUUGUACAAGUUUAUUUCUCAAAUACAGAGCCCGCCCUUUAUGACCCAUGCAGUUUGUGAAGCAGUGGGCAGCCUUGCAGGCACAGCUGCUGGACUCUCAGUUGCCACUUACAGGUACGGCCUCAGAGAGAGAAUGAGGAAGAGAGCCUAACCCCGCUCCUCAGAGCCCUCACCGCGGAGCAGGUCGGGGUUAAUCACUGAAGCCGUUGCUCUUUUGCCAACAUCUAAACUUUGUGCGUGAGACAGAUGUGCAAGGCCAGUUAGAUGUGCCUACCAGUAGAUUAUCUUCAGGACAGUGGCUGCAGGAAGAGGAAGGUACCUCUUCAUUCUCUCUUGUCUGCCUUUCUGCUGAGGGGAGCUGUAGGUAUGUCAGUGAGAGGCCACCAUGUGCCUGCUUCCUACUGUCAGUCAUGGUAAAGUGCUUGCUGGCAUUUUGCAACCUAAUUCAUGCUGGUUUUUGAAUUCUUUCUGGCAGUCACCUUUUAAGUGUGUAGUUAGUAGCAGUCCAAUACUUAACAAUAUAAUAAACUUCAACAUUUGUUACCACAGAGCACUAGUUCAUAUUUUUGCAGCUGGAAGUAAGGGUAACAGCAGUCUUAGCCUCAAAGUCUUGGUAGUCAUGGCAGAAGUCAGAUUUAUAGUAAUCAUCUAAUUAUCUGGAAGAAGGUGUUUAUGAGUUCUCAGUGAAUAAAGGUGAAAUGGUCGGAGUAGUUACCAAUCCUAUGUCUGUCCUCAUCCUCCUUUUGUAUUCCCUUUUGAAGCUUCUGUAUCAUCAGGCCUGUAAACGCACCAAUUAUGCUGGUUAUACUCCAGACUUGCAUUGAAGUGUGUAGGGUUUAUUCUUUAACCAGAACCAGUACAAAUGUCUGCGUGGAGAUGCCUGCUAGUUUACAGCUCCACUGGUGAAUACCAGGUUGAAAGCUGCUUUUUUCCCCUCCAUGUGGGUAAACAAGGACAACUUGAGCUCGGCUCUAUUCAUCUGAAGUCCUGUCCUAGCUGUCGAAGGUGCAGGAAUCUUAACAAGACAGAGUCGAGCCUUCUCUUGGAAGUCUCAAUCCAGGAUAGUUUUUCACAACUUUUAGAGGUUAGUAUGUGUGUACAGCAAUGCCCACAGAGCUUUAGUUUUAACGGAGGAGGGCCGUGUAUACAUACUCAAAUUUCUGUCUGUGCUAAUCUUUGGCUGUACUCAUUUCUAACUCAUAUUUUACACUGGAGGUGUUCCCAGACCCUCAGUGUCAGUUGAAAUAUUCUGUCACUGUUUUUUCAUGCUAACUCAGUUUUAGCACUCUUCACUUGAAAGACCUGGAACUUCUGCUGCUCUGUCAUGAUCUGGGUAGCGACCUCAGGAGUGUCACAGCUGCCUGUGGAUGAUUGUUUUCAUUGUUGCAACGCAGCUGUCGCACGGGGCACUUGCUAGCAUUAACUACACUACAGUUUGGGGCAGAAAGCAGAGUAAUUCCCUGUACUGUCCUAGGCUGCAGCUGAAUCAAGCCAAAAUGUGAAUGUUUGGAGCACCUUCAUCACAGGAGGACUCGCGCACUGCUGAGAGCCUACAGCAGGAGUUACGGGGCUGUGCCAGCCCUGCAGCAUUCUUUAACACGAAACUGGGAGGCCAGCCCUGAAAAGGGAAAAACCCAAGAGCCAUCCAAAUGGAACUGUUCAGAGGAGAGUUUAAUUUAAUUGCUCCGCUAAUCUAGUUGAUAUCUUCAUGCUACUUUAAUUCCGUUCUGGGGUGCGAGUGUUGUAGCUGGCUGACCACGCGGUCAUCAGGCUGAACGAAAAGCAAAGUUGAGUUUUUAAUUUUUAGUUUCCAGAUUUUUCCUUUGAGACUUCGUUCAUGGGAGGGUCUGACAAAGUUGCUGUGAAUAUUGAUGCUGUGUAUAUGGCACAUUUUGUAAACGUGAAGCAAACCUGGAUGAAUGUUUUGUAUACUGCGACAGUAGCAUUGUAAUCCUGCUCCUUUUUUAUUCUAAAUAAAUAAAUAAAGUA